AGCUAGGAAAAGCAUUGCGAGGAGUGGGGCGGGACCAAGAAAGCGCGCGUUCUGGCGGGGGAGGUGCGGCCUUAAAGACUGUCGCGUCACGUCCGGUGGCGUUAGAACCUGUGCGGAGGCGGCGUGGAGCGUUUCGUGUUUCAGCGGCUCUGAAAGCAGUGCGUUCAGCGAGGCUGCCAGGGAGCCUUGGUAAAGAAGGCCCAAGAGGUUGACAGCUUCGAUUGAAGCGCAUCGAGCGGCGACUGCAGCCAGGAGUCAUGAGCGAUAGCGGCGAGCAGAACUACGGCGAGCGGGAAUCCCGUUCUGCUUCCAGAAGUGGAAGUGCUCAUGGAUCUGGGAAAUCUGCAAGGCAUACCCCUGCAAGGUCUCGCUCCAAGGAAGAUUCCAGGCGUUCCAGAUCAAAGUCCAGGUCCAGAUCUGAAUCUAGGUCUAGAUCCAGAAGAAGUUCUCGAAGACAUUACACAAGAUCACGUUCUCGGUCACGCUCCCAUAGACGAUCCCGUAGCAGGUCUUAUAGUCGGGAUUAUCGCAGACGGCAUAGCCACAGUCAUUCUCCGAUGUCUACUCGCAGGCGUCAUGUUGGGAAUCGGGCAAAUCCUGAUCCCAACUGUUGUCUUGGAGUGUUUGGAUUGAGCUUAUACACCACAGAGCGAGAUUUAAGAGAAGUGUUCUCCAAGUAUGGCCCCAUUGCUGAUGUGUCCAUUGUAUAUGAUCAGCAGUCUAGACGUUCAAGAGGAUUUGCCUUUGUAUAUUUUGAAAAUGUAGAUGAUGCUAAGGAAGCUAAAGAGCGUGCCAAUGGAAUGGAGCUUGAUGGUCGUAGGAUCAGAGUCGAUUUCUCCAUAACAAAAAGACCACAUACUCCAACACCUGGAAUUUAUAUGGGAAGACCUACCUAUGGCAGCUCACGCCGUCGUGAUUACUAUGACAGAGGAUAUGAUCGUGGCUAUGAUGAUCGGGAUUACUACAGCAGAUCAUACAGAGGAGGAGGUGGAGGAGGAGGAGGAUGGAGAGCUGCUCAAGAUAGAGAUCAGAUUUACAGAAGGCGGUCACCUUCUCCUUACUAUAGUCGUGGAGGAUACAGAUCCCGUUCCAGAUCUCGAUCCUACUCUCCUCGUCGCUAUUAAAGCAUGAAGUUUGAAGACUUUCUGAAACAUGCCCUAGAGUUGGGAUAUUGAUUAUGGACAAUAUUUUUUAUUGUCUCAUGUUUAAAAAAGUGAACAGUGCCUAGUGAAGUGAGGUGACUUUUACACCUUUGAUGAUGACUACUUUGGUGGCGUUAAAAUGCUGUUUUCAUUCUGCAUUUGUGUAGUUUGGUGCUUUGUUCAAAGUUAAGUGUUUUCAGAAAAGUAUGUUUUGCAUGUAUUUUUUUACAGUCUAAAUUUUGACUGCCGAGAAGUUUUUAUUGUACAAAACUUCAUUUAAAGGUUUUUCUACUGAAUCCAGGGUAUUCUGAAGAUCAAAGCCUGUGUGUAAAAUGCUACCAAAUGGCAAAAAAGUUAACAAUAAACAGUUUGAUUUUUA